AAAAAAACAACCUAAGAGUAACUCCAACAGGCUAGGUAUAAUUCUAACUAAAUUUAGUGUUUUAGAAAGCCUAGAGAGCUUCAUAAUGAUGGUGUAAACCAACGCACUCUCUAAAUCUUAACUCUAUAUUAAUCCCCUUCCUCUUCCCUUCACCCGGAAGCAAACCUUCCUACUCGGCUUAGGAGCAUCGCCGCCGGCGCCCCGGCCAGCUCGGGCUGCCAUUCUUCGAUUCCUCCCACCCGGACUUGCACCACCCCCUCCCGCACCUCCGCCCGUACUCCACCGCCCUCGCCCGAGCUUCUCCCGGCCGAAAUCGGCCAUCUUCGGCCCGCCGGAGUUGCUCCUCCGCCCGACCUCCUCCCUCACCAUCGACCCCUACCUCCGGCCGCUCCUCCUCGCCCUCCGACAGCACAAAUCGGUCCCCGGUGAGCUCCUCAUUUCGUCCGACCCCUUCCCCGCUCGUUUCCCUUGCCGAGCUGCUGGAAACGGUCGCGCCGCUGCGCCAGCCCCUCCUGCCGCCACCACUGCUCGUCGCGGGCAGCCCUCGCGCGGCCCUGCGCUGCGCCGGCAAGCGCCCCGGCUCCGCCCGGAUGCGCAGCCCGCAGGUCUGCCCCGCCCCGCCGCCGGCGAGAACGGCGCGCAGCGCCACUGGCGCGAGGGGGCGGGAGGGCGCGGGAACAGGCGCGCGCGCGGGGGAGGAGGAAGAUGGCGAGGGGAGGGCGCUCGGCAAAAAAGCCUAAAAGGCUAGCGGAGGCAUGUAGAUGCCGAGCGGGAUAGCGAGGGGAGGAAGAUGGAGUCUGUUGGAUGGAGUUUUUACAACCCCUAAUCCAAAUUUACCCAGCCAAAUAGAUUUACCUAGGCUGUGGGAGUUGCUCUAAUGGUCAACAAUUAUAUGAAAAGUGGUAGUCCACUCCUUGUGUGUGCCAAUUUUUUCCUUAACAAAGAUGGAUGCUUACUUUAGCCAUGUGAAAUGUUGGGGUUUCUUGAUUGUGUGCCUGCCUGAGUGUGUCAUGAGGAAACUUCCUUUAUUUUUUGUUCCAUGCUUCAUGUGGAACAGGAAUGAUACUAGAGUUGUGAUCUAACUAUCAACUAGCAAGCUUGUCCAUUUCCAUCAGUUACGGCCCCCUGCUGUCUUCACCUUCCUUAUUUGUUGUUGCUUUUUGGUGCUGCCUAGAAAGUGUACAGGAUGUCUGUCAUUUCCUAAUGAUCACUGGAGUGACGUCUCUCUCGCAAGUUGCACAGAAGAAAGCAAGCGAGAAGCCAGAAAGGCUGCAUUUUGGCAGCUCCCCCUAGUACAUUGGCCUCAAUUCCUUUGUCAGUGUCCACUAUGUCUCGCAACUUGGAGAGCCCAGUGCAGACCCAGAUGGCAGUUUCAGCCUUGGAUCGAGCUCUUGGCAGUGAGUAUCCUACGAAAAGUAUAAGUGAGACCAAGGUUGGUGGAUGGAAACGAGUCUUUGUCCAAACUGACACUGGUUGUGUCCUGGCUGUUCGACUGGAUCGCGGUGACAAUGUGCACACGGUCAAGAGGAAGCUGCAGGUGGCCCUCAAUUUUCCCACUGAGGAGAGUUCUCUGACAUUAGGUGAUCGUGUCCUAAAAAAUGAUCUCAGCACCAUCAGAAAUGAUUCCCCAUUGCUUCUCACCAAGACAUUCAUGCAUCGAAGCUCCUCCACACCAUGCAUGUCUCCUACAGGCAAGGAUCUGCAGCAGCAAAGAGAUAGGGGUUGUCCAAUUGAACUGUUAGUAUGCCCGAGCCGCUGCUCUCGAACAAGGCAGCUCGUGAAGGAUGUUGCUAGGGCUAUAAGAAAAGGUGUGGAUCCUGUACCUGUCAAUAGCGGGCUUGGUGGUGCCUACUAUUUCAGGAACAGCAAAGGUGAGAAUGCUGCAAUCGUGAAGCCAAAUGACGAGGAGCCAUUUGCACCCAACAACCCAAAAGGUUUUAUAGGGAAAUCCCUUGGGCAGCCAGGCCUCAAAAGAUCUGUUCGAGUUGGUGAGACUGGUUUCAGAGAGGUUGCUGCCUACCUUCUAGACCAUGAUAACUCUGCUAAUGUCCCUCCAACGGUUCUCGUUAAGAUUUCUCAUCCUGUGUUUAAUAUGAAUGAAGGCAUGAACUGUGCUAACAAGAAUGUUGCUGAUGGUUGUACUCAAGCUGUUAGCAAGAUUGCAUCAUUUCAGCAGUAUAUUCCUCAUGAUUUUGAUGCUAGUGAUCAUGGAACCUCAAGCUUUCCGGUUUCUGCUGUCCAUAGGAUUGGUAUUCUUGACAUCAGGAUCUUCAACACUGAUAGACAUGCUGGAAAUCUUCUGGUAAGGAAGCAGACUGGAGCAGGAACAUUUGGGAAUCAGACUGAGCUUAUUCCUAUUGAUCAUGGUCUCAGCCUUCCAGAGUGUUUGGAGGAUCCUUAUUUUGAAUGGAUCCACUGGCCUCAGGCAUCAGUCGCAUUCUCUGAGGAUGAGCUCGAGUACAUAGCAAAUCUUGAUCCAAUGAAAGAUGCAGACAUGUUGCGUAUGGAGUUGCCUAUGAUCCGUGAAGCAUGCCUGAGAGUACUAAUACUCUCAACAAUAUUUCUGAAAGAAGCCACAGCAUUUGGUCUGUGCCUUGCCGAGAUUGGGGAGAUGAUGAGCAGGGAAUUUACUGGGAUGGAAGAUCAGCCAAGUGAGCUAGAGUUUGUCUGCAUGGAGGCUAGGAGGCUAGCAACAGAACAAGAAGACAGUUCAAUAGAACAUGACUCUGGUGACGAGGAUUUAACUCAAUUUGAACUGGAUGGUGAUGAUCAUGAAAUGCCAAAACAACCAUCUGCCCAUCAGUUUGAAUUUAAGCAGGGAAACUACAUAAACCAACUCUCUAAAUUGGAUGAGGCUGAUGAAGAAGAAGAAGAAGAAGAAGAAGAAGAAGAAGAAGAAAAGUUUGCAUUGAGGCUGAUGAGACUGGAUGACAUUGAGGAGGUAGAAAGCAAUGCAGAAAAGUUUGCAUGCCCUAAGCCUGUCAAUAAGUGGCUUGCUAACAUUUCGAAGCUGUCGACCUCACUGAAGGGUGUCAGUCUAACAGACAAAACCCAGCGUCAACUGUCUACUGGCCCUAAGAUUGUGGAUUCCGUGAAAACUUCUAAGAGUAGUAGCAACGACCAUGGCUCUCAACUUUGUAACUGGGGGAGUGCAAAUGAUAUGCUCCCGACAAGUGUGAGCUUCGUCAAGCUGGCUGACAUGGGACUUGAGACGUGGGGGUUGUUCCUUGAGAAGUUCCAGGAGCUUCUGCCUGAGGCAUUCCGCUCGCACAAGAGCAGCGUGACAGCGCAAAGGGCAAAGCCAAGGCUGGGCACUUCUUGCCAGUUUUGAGUUAGCGCAGGAGUAGGGAGGUGAGCACCUGUUCAGCCGCUGCUGUUUGCUUGCAGGUGUUAAGCUAUGCAGUUCUAGAAUAAAGCCAUCCUUCACUGGAUUGCAAUAGGGUUUGAGUGAUUGAGCGCCUGAUCCAGAGGUCCAUGUUGUGAUGAUGGCCUUGCCCUGUACAUAGUUUUUUUUUUCCUUUUCAUUUUCUAGCUAGGUUGCUAGACAUGAGUUGCUUCAAGGAAGUUGGGAUGUGAUGUCACCCCAGUUCUUGGGGCGCCCAACUCUUCCACUCAUGAUAUGCAUUCAAAAGUUCCAUUCAAAUAAACAUUCAGCAGAAAGUUUCUGAUGUGGUAAUUAAGCAUUGUGACAGACCUCAGGUGAAUGUUAAAGCUCAACUUACAAACA